GUACAUCACCCGAGCCGGCGAAUUAAAGAGACAACCGGACAAAAUGUUGCCGAAUUUCUUGAUAAGGAAUUAUGACACUGAGCCGUGGACCCUACAGCGAGCUCGAUAAGAUGAGCCUCUUCCAGGAUUUGAAGCUGAAACGAAGAAAAGUCGACUCACGAUGUAGCAGCGAUGGCGAGUCUAUAGCGGACACCAGCACUUCGUCUCCGGAUCUACUGCAACCGUUGUCGCCCAAGAUGUGUGACGGUCCGACCGGGCAGCAGCAGCAGAACCAGCAGAAUCAGCAGCAACAGCAGCUGGACGAGCAGUACUCGGAGCAGGAGGAUGGUGGUGGCGGUGGAGGGUCUUCGAGACAGUACGGCCACCAACAUCAUGUCGAGAACAACAACAACAACAACUGUUUGAGCGCGUCGUCCAAAUUGCACGAAAAUGGCGCGUUGAAGGACGACGGAGGGGAAGAUGAGGACGAGGAGGAGGACGGGGUGAGUGAUCGGGCAUCGCCGGAUUCACCGGGGUUGUUGAUCGACGAGCGGCCACCGUCGAGGAAGGCGCAGGAGGGUGGCGCGCCGGGAACCAGUGUGAUACGAUCCGUUGGGCGGGAUGAACGGCCCAGGUCGCCGGGGAGUUCGCCGCCGCCGAGCGGGUUGGCGUUGAUGAACUCGAUACAGCUGCUGCAGCAGCACUACAACAACGGGAAUGGGACGAGGAACGGGACGGUGGUGGAGCAGAAUGGUGGGACGCCGCAGCAGCAGCACGUGACCGUACUAGUCACGCCGUCCCGGGCCAAGCUGGACCAGCAACAGCAUCCGGCGACGACGUUGGUCACGCUCGGGAUGCGCAAGCAAGCACCGCCGUCAAUUAACAACAGCAGCAGCAGUAGUAGUAGUAGUAACUGUAACGGUAGUAAUAAUAACGAAGAGCCCAACAGACUUACAUCAACACCGCAGAGUUCAACGUCAUCAUCUUCAUCAAACUCGUCGUCGUCGACGUCAUCCGGCGGUGGCGGAGGCGUUCAGAUCCAAAUGUUUCAGCAGCCUCCGCUGGGAGGAGUGUCCAAAUUUUCAUCUAGUCAAAUUCAGCAGCAGCAGCAGCAUCUCGCCCAGCAGCAAAUGCUGCAAGCCAUGCAGCAGCAGAUCCGCAUCAAGAAGGAACGCGGCCUGCCGCCGCAGCAACAGCAUCAGCAGUACGCGAUCAUCAACCAAGGUGGUCACCUGCUGGCGUCCCGCGGUCCCGGCGGCCAACCAAACCAGAUCCAGAUGAUCCCGAACCCGCAGCAGCAGCUGUACGUGAAGCGGGAACGAUCCGGCGGUGCCGGCGCGACGCAGACCUUCGUGAACCAUCACCACCACAACCCGCGGCAAUCGCCGACGAGUCCGCAACACUGCAACAGCACCUCGCCCAUGCAACCACCGAUGUCACCGAGUCAGCAGCAACAGCAUCAGCAAAACGCCCGCCAGCAGAGUCCGGUCCACCUGGUCGGUUCCACCAACCCCCCGCCCCACGUCAUCAUCAAACGGGAACGCCAGCAGCAACCCCCGACCAGCCAAGCCCUGAUCAACCAGGCCAUGCAACAGCUGUCCCCAAACAACCAGCGACUACCCAGUCCAAGCCCCUCAACCUCACCCGCCCUCCAACUCCGCAACCCGAUGCGAGACGCCGCCAUACUGUUCCGCGUCAAAAACGAAGCCCAAAUACCAAAUCUCAUGGCCCACCAGCAGCAACAGCAGCAGCAGGGACCGCCCCACCGGAUGGUGUGGCCACCGCUCGUGAACCAGCACCAACAGCAGCAGCAGCAGCGCAUCAACGGCGUCAAGCCGGAAGUGAUCGGCGGCCCGCUACCACCGCUACGAAACCAAAUAUCCCCCAACCAGCAGCAAUCCCCGCAACACCACCCCGGCGGCACUCCGCAAACACCCCCGCGCAACACCCCGACCGUCAUCAUGGGGGAAUCGUGCGGCGUGCGGACCAUGGUGUGGAGUUACGAUUCGCCACCGCAAGUACAAACGCCAACGCCGCCGAUGAGGGCCGAAGGCCCUGCUGGACCCGGCGGAGGAAUCCCACAAUCCCCCGGAGGAGGCGGGGGGAACCACCAUCAGCACCACCACCAAAACAGCAACAGCAGUAGCAGUAGCAGUAGUACGAACAGUGCGAGCAACGCCAGUGCUAACGCUAGCGCUAAUGCCAACGCGGGCGGUAACAACACCCCGAGCAACAACGAGGAAGCGGCGCAUCUGCUGCUCAGCCUCGGACAGACGGUGGUGCGGCAGAAUGAGGCUCAACCAUGGACUCCGAGUCGGACGGGAUUGCCGCUGAACAUGGAGCGGCUAUGGGCGGGCGAUUACAGCCAGUUCCCGCAGACGACGACGCCGACCGGCCAGCAAAUGCACGCCCUUAAUCUCACCGCGCAGCAGCAGGCCGCCGCCGCGUGGAACAUGGCACCGGGGCCAAAGAAGGAGUUGCUGGACGACAUGCCCCCGGACGAGGACGAGCAGCCGCUGGUCUGUAUGAUCUGCGAGGACAAGGCAACUGGGCUGCACUACGGCAUCAUCACAUGCGAGGGCUGCAAGGGCUUCUUCAAGCGGACCGUGCAGAACCGGAGGGUUUACACGUGCGUCGCGGACGGUACCUGCGAAAUCACCAAGGCCCAACGCAAUCGCUGCCAGUAUUGUAGGUUUAAGAAGUGCAUCGAGCAGGGAAUGGUGCUCCAAGCUGUUCGAGAGGACCGCAUGCCGGGUGGGCGGAACAGCGGCGCGGUCUACAAUCUGUACAAAGUAAAGUAUAAGAAACACAAGAAGAACAACCAGAAGCCAAACAGCAACAACCACCACAACAACCACCACCACCACCACCAAAAACUGGGCGGCCUGUCCGGGAGCAACGGCGGAAUCCUCGGCAGUGCCCUCAGCGGUGGCCUCGAGGCUUCGAACCCCAAGUCGGCGCUGUAUCUGACCUCGUCGACGACGCCGCCGAUCAAGUCGGAAAGUAUUAGCCUGCCAUCGCAUCUGGUCAACGGGACGAUCCUGAAGACGGCCCUCACGAACCCGAGCGAAAUCGUGCAUUUACGCCAUAGACUGGACAACGCCGUCAGCUCGUCCAAGGAUCGGUCGAUCUCGUACGAGCAAGCCUUGAACAUGAUACAUACCCUUAUAGACUGUGAUGCUAUGGAGGACAUAGCGACCCUGCCGCAUUUUAGUGAGUUCCUCGCCGACAAGUCGGAGAUCGGGGACAAGCUCUGCAACAUCGGUGAUUCCAUCGUGCACAAGCUGGUCUCGUGGACGCGCAAGUUGCCCUUCUACAUGGACAUCCCGGUGGAGAUCCACACGAAGCUCCUCACGGACAAGUGGCACGAGAUUCUGGUGCUGACGACGGCCGCCUACCAGGCGAUGCACGGCAAGAAGAACAUUAGCAACUCGAUGCAGUCGCACGACGGCAACGUGUACUCGCCCGACAAGCAGGAUCCGGAGUUUAUCGAGGAGAUAACAGCCCACCUGCACACGCUCCAGUCCUGCCUGACGACGUUGAUGGGCCAUCCGAUCUCGAUCGAGCAGCUCAAGAUCGACGUCGGCCAGAUGGUGGAGAAGAUGACCCAGAUCACGAUCAUGUUCCGGCGGAGUAAGCUCCGGAUGGAGGAGUACGUCUGCCUGAAGGUUUACAUCCUGCUGAACAAAGAAGUCGAGUUGGAGAGCAUACAGGAACGGUACAUCCAAGUACUUAGGACCUAUCUACAGCAUACCGUGCCGCACAGUCCCAACCGAUUGGCCGAUCUCCUGUCGCAUAUACCAGAGAACUGGAAUGAGGAAAUGCUUUCGGCUAUGUACAAGGAGGACUACAGCCUUCUUGUGAAAUUCCGGACGAAGCAGCUUAUGCUAGACGUUCUUGCUAAGUUUGGGAACCACGUGGAAUUCGGGUAUGAGGAUGGAUCGAAUGUUCAGUUGGCCGUCUCGGCCGCUUGUGGAGUGUUCAAGUACGUGAGAGUAUUUGGUCUACCGCCAGAAGUAGAUGACAAAGCUAUCGCAGAUGUGUUCGGGAAAUUCGGGAACAUCCACCAGAUGGUUCGAGAACGGUUUCCGGCUGAGACCGGGUUCCCCAUAUGGAACGGUGUCCGUGGUAUCCAUAUGGAGGUGACCGCGGAGCUUCCCGCUCAGGUGUACGUCCAACACAUCAGAGCGCGGGUGUAUUAUGACGGCUUCCAGAACAAGUGCUUCUCUUGCGGGUCGACAGAGCACUUGAAAGCGGUUUGUCCGAAGAAGCAAACAGUGCAAAGUCGGUUGGAAUCUUAUGCUCACCCACCGCUGGACCGCGGUGCGAAAGGAUCGGGUCAAAAAGCGGGCCUAGGAGCGGGCCAACGAGCGGGUCAAGGAGCGGGCCAAGGAGCGGGUCAAGGAAGCGGAUCAAAAAAUCCUAGCUGGAACGACAUGAUCAAAAACUUCCCGGAUCUCCCGACGAACGUUCAAAAAUGUUUGACACCGGAACAGGCUACACUAAACAAGCCGGGGCAGGAGCAGCGCAAGGAAGGGGAACAAGGGGAAGGGUGGGUAACCAUCCCGAUCAAGGAAAAGCUUCGCGGCCGGGGGUUGCGGCAAAGGAAAGCGACCGACGCGGAUUCGGAUCCAGAGGACCUGUUCAAGGUUCCAGACGCGCCGAAACUUGCGAGGCUGCAAGGAACGAGGUCUCGAUCGCUGAACAGCCGGAAGCAAAAGGAGAACUCGAACGCUCAGGUGCCGGUCGUUCUGAUCGAAGGCUCACCUUCUCCGAGCAACCAGAAGACGGACACGGAAACGAGCGAUGGAAAGGCGUCCGAAGAAGACGCAGCAAUGGUGGAUCUAAAGUGA